AUGCUUGAAGUUCGAGAUUUUCCAAAUGAGUACCUUUGGCGCCGUCUUGAGUCGCUUGUUGAGUGCAUGGUUUCUGAGAGCCAGGGAAUCCCCAUCCGAAAUGUCAAAAACUUUAUGUCUGUGAUACCUAGUGUUUUUUCAGGCAGUGAUGUAGUCCUGUGGUUUAUGGUCCAUGCUGGUGCAGAUGAUGUGUCCGAGGCUGUGCACCUGGCGAGUCGUAUUUCCGCAAUGGGCUACCUCUUCCCCAUAGACGACCACACUAUGGCCGUUAAGAACGACGGCCACACGUAUUACCGCUUCCAGACGCCCUGUCUCUACCCUUCGCGCUCUCCCGAAGCCGACACCGUUGACUACGCGGUGUACCUGUGCAAGCGCACUAUGCAGAACAAGCAUCGUCUUGAACUUGCCGACUUUGAGGCAGAGCGCUUGGCCAGUCUACAGAGCCUAUACUACCACAAGUGGGAGUUUAUUUACAUGCAGGCCGAGGCGGAGAUGAAGGUGGACAGGAAACGCGACAAGUCGGAGCGUGUGGUUCUAGAGUCGCAGGAGGCAGCGUUCUGGGAUGUUCACAGACCUGCGCCAGGCUGUGUGAACACCACAGAGGUGGAUAUGCGUAAGCUCUGUCGCGCCAAGCGGCCCAAGAAGACGGGACUGUGUGCCGGUCGACUCUAUCCCGUGGCAUUCCCCAUCCCCGUCGCCGCCGGACCCGCUGGCGCCCUCCUCUUCUCCGUCCUCGAGGGGCUCUCCCCCGCCGAGCGACUCACUAAACUCCGCGCCUCCACGCACAAACGCAUCAAGGCGUCGAAGGCCAUCGAAACAUUACAGAAUUACUGUGACCAGUACUUCGACUUCGAUAGCCUCCUCUGCUGCGCCAUGACCAGCGUAACUCCAGGACUGUCCGGCGUCGAUGUCGGUGGCGGUGGCGUCGGUGGUGGUGGCGGCGGCGGUGGUGGUAUUGGCGCUGGGAGUGGCUCAGCAAAGGGGGCGUCGGUGCCCGCAGGCGGCGGACCGGGUGCGGGGGCUACGACCGUGCCUCAUCUCCUGCUCCCCAGAAAAACCAGCGCUGGCUUCAGCUCCGCACACAGCGCCGUUGUCAAUCUCGCUCUUGGUCCUAAUCCACCUUCGCUGUCCACCGGUGAGGCUCAGUUGGAUUGGUUUGGCCAGAGCAAUCCCUGGAUCUCCGACAACGCGGCCGCGGCCGAAAACUACUGGGGCUCUGCUCUGGCCUUCGGCGGAGCUGGUGGAGGGGGUGUUGGCAAUGCGUGUGGAGCCCAGGUGGGGGAGUUAUCGAUCCCACGAGUGAAACGGUGGUCCUUCUCUUUCCACGAGCUCCUCAAAGACCCCUUUGGUCGUGCUCGGUUUCAACGAUGGUUGGAGAAGGAAUUCGCUGCAGAAAAUCUCAUGUUCUGGCAGGAGUGCCAGGAUUUGAAGAGCGCGCCUUUGCGUGAGCUGCCAAGCCGGAUACAAUUCAUUUACUCGCAGUACCUCUCCUUGACAGCGCCGGAGCCUGUUAACGUCGAUAGCAAGGUUCGUGAAGCCGUAUUUCGUCGUCUGGGUCUGUUGUUGAACCAGGAGGAAGCGGCGAUGAGUCAGGGAGAUCCCGCCACUGCCGCCAUCACCGGGGAGAACAGCCUUCCGGCUAAAGUCGUUGGUGCGGGGGCCUCGCACAUCGAUCGAUACUGCUUCGAGGAAGCUGAGGAGCAGAUAUUCCAGCUCAUGAAGUCGGACUCGUACUGUCGCUUUCUGCGCUCUGACAUCUACCGCGAGCUCUUUGCCAGCACUCGAAAGAAACAAUCAAAGAAACACCGGGUUGCCGGAGGCGUGGGCAACGCCAGCGCUGUGUUCGCAACCAGCGAUUAG